GGUGCUAAAGCCCGCGUUUGAUACCCAAAACUUCGAUCAACCUCUUAGUAUUCUCUCCUCUUGCACAGUAAAAUCUCUUUCUUCUGCUUUCAACCUUCUCUCUCUCUCUCUCUCUCUCUCUCUCUGGUGGUGGCCGAGGCCAUGUGCUGCAGUUUAUUGGAUUACCGUGGCAAAUGCAGAGCACUACCUGCCAUCAGGUACCUAUUUGUGUCACUCUUCUCGUCCUUCUUCCUCACAUCUUCCGCCCCCUGCUUCAACGGGAAGUGUCAGGUUCUGGAAGCAUGUUCUGCUGCUACAGAUUGUGGGCCAGGCCUCUAUUGUGGUAAUUGCCCUGCUUUGGGUAGGACACAACCUUUCUGUAUCAGAGGCCAAGCCACCCUUGCUACCUCUGUUGUUAAUGGAUUGCCCUUCAACAAGUACUCAUGGAUCAUGACUCAUAAUUCAUUCAGCAACGUGGAUGCAUCCCCUUUGCCUGGCGUUCAGAGAUUAACCUUUUACAAUCAAGAAGACACCGUUACUAACCAGUUGAGGAAUGGAGUGAGAGGAUUGAUGUUGGAUAUGUACGACUUCGAGAAUGAUAUCUGGCUCUGUCAUUCAUUUCGAGGGCAAUGCUUCAACUUCACCGCCUUUCAACCUGCAAUUAAUACUUUGAAAGAAGUGGAAGCAUUCUUGACUGAAAAUCCAACGGAGAUUGUUACCAUUGUAAUUGAAGACUAUGUACAUACUCCAAAGGGGUUGAUUAAUCUAUUCACGAAUGCUGGAUUGGAUAAAUAUUGGUUCCCUGUUUCUGAUAUGCCCAAAAUGGGUGAAGAUUGGCCUACUGUAACUGAGAUGGUUCAAUCAAAUCGUCGACUUCUUGUUUUCACUUCGGAUGCUUCAAAGGAAGCUGAAGAAGGAAUAGCUUAUCAGUGGAUGUACAUGGUUGAAAAUGAGCCUGGAGAUCCUGGAGUUCAACGGGGUUCUUGUCCUCAUAGAAAAGAAUCAAAACCGCUAAAUUCUAGAAGUGCAUCACUUUUCUUGCAGAAUUACUUUUCAACCUAUCCAGUUGAAGCUGACUCGUGCAAAGAUCAUUCGGCUCCACUUGUAGAUAUGGUGAAUACAUGUUAUAAAGCUGCAGGGAAUGUGCUUCCUAACUUUGUAGCAGUUAAUUUUUACAUGAGGAGUGAUGGUGGUGGAGUUUUUGAUAUCUUGGAUAAAAUAAAUGGCCACGCCUUGUGUGGGUGUAGUACAGUCACCGCUUGUCAGGAGGGAGCGCCUGUUGGAUCCUGCAAGAACAUUGCUAUACCUAAUACAAGUCCAGUGACCACCAACGCUGGAAGCUUUACUGGAUCUUUUCAGUUCUCAAGAUCAGCUUCACCAGCCCAUUCUCCAAAUUGCCUGUUUUUCCUCUUGUUUUACUUCCUGCUUAUUGCAGUUUUGUUGCAAUUGUGAUGAGUAUUAUUGUAUAUCAUAUGCAAGCUAUGUUUUUCAAGAGGAGCUUCUAAUUAUCGUAUUUGUAUAUCAUCUGUGAGCUAGUCAUUCAAGAGGGUCUUCUUGUAUAUUUAGCACGUACACUGCAGUAUUACCUAAAUCAGUGAUAUGUCAUGGAACUGUUUAUAAGAAAAUUAGGUAACCAAAAUUUGGAAUCGCUGAGGCUAUAAUCAAGGAUGUGUGAACUCAUCUGAGGUAGAUAGUAACCAAGAGAGACAAAGAAUGCAUCUGGGGCAGUUGAGGUUUUGUUCCAAGGCCCAGAAUAGGGAAUGUGCAAUAUAGGAUCAGGAUGGCUGGAAGCUCUUGGUCAUUGUUAAGGUUUGUUGUGAUUGUAUCUUAACAAUUCUUACAAACUGUCUUUCCUUCCUUGUACCUGGUCUUCCACUUUUG